UGCGGGUGGUGGAUGGAUUUCUGGUGAUUACCUCAAGAAGCCGUUACCACCUUCUACACAGGCCGUGAUAUCUAGGUUCGGAAGGUGACGUGUCGAGAUUUCAUUGGUCUGUGAUCAACAGUAUCCUACGCCACGUCGUUCUCUCUCCCGUGAAUCUGAUAAAUUCCAACGGCGAUUACGCGGAGAUCAUAUGUAGAAGAUGCUUAAGAAGCGAAACCAAGUGAUCGCACAAUCUCGACUCGAUCACAUCGCAGGCCGAUACCCCGGAGAUGGGGAAGAAAGGGAGCGGUUGGUUUUGGUCUGUGAAGAAAGUGUUCAAAUCAUCUGCUAAGGAAUUGCCGGAGAAAAAGAAAGACAAUGCAGAGAGAUGGCAGCAAGAAGCCCCUGAAGUUGUGUCAUUUGAGCAUUUUCCUGCCGAGAGUUCUCCAGAAAUCACAAAUGAUGAGAGUUUUGCAUCGACCCCCGUGACUGAAGACAGAAACCACGCUAUAGCAGUUGCCAUGGCAACUGCUGCCGCUGCAGAAGCUGCAGUUGCAGCAGCUCAAGCUGCAGCCAAAGUUGUCCGAUUGGCAGGCUAUGGGCGGCAGACAAAGGAGGAAGCUGCUGCAAUUCUCAUACAGUCAUAUUACAGAGGCUAUCUAGCUAGGCGAGCUUUGCGUGCUUUGAAGGGAUUGGUGAGGCUCCAAGCACUGGUAAGAGGACAUAACGUGCGAAAGCAAGCACAAAUGACAAUGCGGUGCAUGCAAGCACUAGUCCGCGUGCAGGCUAGAGUAAGAGCACGUAGGCUUCAGUUGGCUCAUGAGAAAAUCAUCAAGAAAGUCGAGGAAGGGGAAGAGAAAGAACAAAGAGGAAUAAGGGAAGAAGGAUUGCAGAAACCGAAGGGUGGUUCUCCGUUGAUGAAAUAUGAAGGUUGGGAUGGUAGGCAUCAAAGCUCAGACAAAAUCCAGGAAAAUGCUUCAAGGAAACGUGAUGCUGUCAUGAAAAGAGAGAGGGCUCUUGCUUAUGCUUACAGCUACCAGCAGCAACAACAGCAACCUCCACAACAUCAGCAAGUAAUGCAGCCAAGCCCAGAUGGCAAAGAGAUGACAUUCUACAACGAGCAUGAAAAGGCUCAAUGGGGCUGGAACUGGCUCGAGCGUUGGAUGUCAACACAGCCAUACCAUGCCCGUCACAUGAGCCCACAAGGCGGCUCUUACAUGACACUUGCCACCACUACUUCCACCACUGACGACAUGUCCGAGAAGACUGUUGAGAUGGACAUGAUCACCCCACAAGGCUUGGGCAAUGGCAAUACAAACAUGGACCUCUUCAGCCGUCAAAACAUGGACUCAGACACGUUCCCAAGUCGCCAACAACCACAACUGAUCAAUGUUCCCAGCUACAUGGCUCCAACCAAAUCUGCAAAAGCCAAGGUCCGAUCACAUGGUUCUGUCAAGCAACGUGGGUCUCAGAUUCCCCAGUGGAGUCUAUCAACAAAGAGAGGAUCAGUGGUCGGGUCUGGUUGUGACUCAUCCAGUUCUGGUGGUGGGUCGGCAGCUUACCAAGCUCCAAGAAGCCCGAAUCCAAAAGGCAAUGGGAUGCAAUUACCUUCUAGACGGGUUCCAGGUUGCAGCCCGGAU